AAGAUAGUGCCGAAAUGAAGUUGACAAAGCUAAUGCUGACUUUCCUGUGCCUGGGCCUUUUCGUUGCCCUGGCCGUGAGUGCCGAUACGGAUUCGGAUACGGAUGUGGAUUCGACCGCCGAUUCCGAUGAGGAUAGCACGGCAACCACCCCGUCCGCAGGCAGCACAGCCACGGAGGCUAGCAGCUCCUCGGAUAGUUCCAGUUCCUCGGACGACAGCAGUACUUCCGAUGUGGAUGACGGAUCGUCUGACGAUACCGAUACCGAUACCGAUUCGGGAUCCGAUUCGGACGACGAGGAGAGCUCCGCCCCCGCAGCUCCCGUGACCAAGAAGAAGAAGGCCAACAAGAGCAGCAAGAAGCGGGCCAGCAACAACAGGAAGAAGGCCGCGAACAACAAGAAGAAGGCCAACAACAACCGGAAGAAGGCCAGCAACAACAAUCGCAAGAAGAAGGCCUCGAACAACAACAGGAAGAAGGCGUCCGGCAACAGCAACCGGCGAAGGACCAACAACGCCAGGAGGCGUGGUUAAAAAUCAACAAUAUCACGACUAUAUGCAUAAAUAAAUACAUUUUUUUUUUCAUGAUUUAAUAA